AUGAAGACAAUUCUUAGAUCAGUCAGCUUUAAUAACGACAAUGACUCGGAUUCAACCAUCACUGAACCACCUGAAACUAGAAAGAUGCGAUACAACAGAUCUUUUAACAUGAAAGGGACACAAAGAAGACCUAGCCUCUCUUCAGAAGACGUGGAGAACAAGCUUUCUUUAAAGCCUUUAACGUUCAUGAAAGAAGAUGACGGAUACAAAAUGCGAAUAUGGAGGCCUUUAUCCGAAAACGAUCAUGUCAACGAGUUUCUAGCGUUAAUAACUGACGGAAGAUACCAAGCUGCGUUGAAGUUGCAGAAGGUUUAUAGAAGCUUUCGAACCAGGAGAAGGCUAGCUGAUUGUGCUGUGGUGGUUGAGCAAAGAUGGUGGAAGGUACUUGACUUUGCUGAACUUAAAAGAAGUUCUAUAUCGUUCUUUGAAAUUGAGAAGCAAGAGACUGCAAUUUCACGCUGGUCUAGAGCAAGAACAAGAGCUGCUAAGGUGGGUAAAGGCUUGUCAAAAGAUGAGAAAGCUAGGAAGUUGGCUUUGCAACACUGGCUUGAGGCAAUAGAUCCUCGACAUCGCUAUGGCCACAAUCUGCAAUUCUAUUACCAUGCAUGGCUCCAUUGUGACAGUUACCAGCCCUUUUUCUAUUGGCUUGACAUAGGAGAAGGAAAAGAACUGAACCAUGAAAGAUGUCCAAGAUCAAAACUCUACCAACAAAGCAUCAAGUAUCUUGGUCCGACUGAAAGAGAAGCAUAUGAAGUGGUGAUUCAGGACAGCAAACUAAUCUAUAAGCAAAGUGGGAUAGUUCUGGACACAAAAGAAGGUCCUCCAGAUACAAAGUGGAUUUUUGUCCUAAGCGUGUCUAAGAUAAUGUAUGUUGGGAUGAAGAAAAAGGGAAACUUUCAACAUUCUAGUUUUCUUGCUGGAGGGGCUACCUUAUCUGCUGGUAGGAUUGUGGUUGAUGAUGGUGUUCUUAAGGCAGUUUGGCCUCAUAGUGGACAUUAUCUACCCACAGAAGAGAAUUUUCUGGCGUUCAUGUCGUUUCUUAGGGAGAACAAUGUCGACCUCACAGAUGUAAAGAAGAGUCCAGAUGAAGAUGAUGGAGAACAUCAUUUCAAGGUCAAGAGAAUGCCUUCAAGAAUCAAAGAGGUUGAAGAAGAACCAUCUGACUUUGUGGACGCUGAGACUGGUGAAAGUCCAAACGCUAAACCCAAAACUCCUGCAGAGAAACAGACAUUAACAAGGUUCCAUAAGGACAUGGUUGAGGAUGAUCAGUAUGAUGAAGAAGAAGAAGAGACUGGAACACCUUCAGAAGAAGGAUAUGAGACAGCAGAGGAGACAUUCAUAGCUGAGGAAGAGUUUGCAUACCCUAAAUCUCAUCUCUUCGAUGAAGACAUUGAAGAAUACGAGCAGCCUGUGCCUAAGGAGAAGAUAAUGAAGAGGAUAGAUUCACACAAAGGAAUCAAAUCUUAUCAGUUAGCUGAGAGGCUACACUCUAGAUGGAGUACUGGUGCAGGGCCUAGGAUCAGUUGUAUGAGAGAUUACCCUUCAGAGCUUCAGUUUAGGGUUCUUGAACAAGCUCAACUAUCUCCAAGAGCUUCAAGCUCUAACCCAUCUCCUUUUGCUCCAGUUAGAUCACGUGGAACAAGUCUUGGGAGAAGUCCUUUCUCUCAAGAACUUGAGAGGCUUUAG